AUGUGUUUGUACAUUGCCGGAAGUAGUAGAGGAAAGAGAAGCAGGAGUGGUGAAUUAUAUUUCAAUGAAUUUCAAACACAAUUUUGGUUAAGACCUAUUACCCGAUUCGAUAUUAUCAGAGAUACCGUUAUGGGCCCCCAAAGACGUCAAAGCAGAAAUCGUUAUGCACAUAAUCCACCAUCACAAACACUCAAUAAUCAACGGCAAUCCCCCUCUCAAUCGCUUGGUGAGGGCUCCUCAAAAGUCGGAAAAUGA